CAAGUUCUUAAUACUCUUAAUUGGUUUACUUCAACUUUGACUUCCCAAUUAUCAUCUGGAAUUACCGAUUGUACAGCAACAUGCUCCCCACCGCCGCCCGUCUCGCCGCUGCUCGCGUCACUCUCUUCACCCGCGCCAAUUGCGGCCUCUGCGACACCGCCAAACUCACCGUCACGAAGCUGCACAAGCGCCGUCCCUUCGACUACACCGAGUUGGAUAUCCAGCUCCCGAGCAAUAAGCCUUGGAAGGAUGUCUACGAUUUUGAUGUUCCCGUGCUACACGUCCAGUCGGUCCAGAGUGACGCGUCGUUGUCGGAUCCGAAGAAGCUGUUUCAUCGGUGGACGGAGCAGGAGAUGGAGACAUUGAUCGACGAGGCGGAGAAGAAGCAGUAGCUGGAGACAGCUGUCUAGGAUUGUGUAUAUAUAUAUAUAUAUAUACUGUAAAUAUGCA